UCGUGUAAGUCUCAUCUACGACCACGAAUGCGUGAAAGAAUGAGUAAGCCAUACAGAUCCCAAAGACAACGAUGACAUGUAAACGUCUUGUAAUGACGGCACGUGGACGUACACGACCGAAAUGAACCAAUAUUCCAAAACUCUACCGUGACGGUUUUAAUCUCUUUGUCUCAUUCACAAAAAGUCUCAACGUAUAGAGUAAACCAAGACGCAAUCUUUUUUGUAUAGAUAAUUAGAUUGACAGAUGAUAACAAAAGGAGAUGUGUGAGAUAUCAAAGAUCCAUCCAAUCUUGGUGAAAUGGCGGUGAUUAGUUCUAUGGCGUAUUCGAGGCCGGCGACGAUGCUCGGAAGUUGCCGGCAAGUGAGAUCAAAACGGUGGGAAGUGAAGUGUCAGUUGUCACAUGUGAAACCUGCUAAGUAUUCAUCUAAAAUAUCUACCGAUACUGCUCUCAACGAGUCUCCUCAGGCGUUGUUCGAUGAGUAUUUGGAGGACAAAUCGAGGGUUUUCGAAGCAAUGUUUCCGGAUAAACCCAAAAACCAUAGGCUUAACGAGGAAGAAUGGAGAAUACAAAUGUUACCAAUAAAGUUUUUCUUCCUCACUGCUUGGCCAGUGGUAGUUAUGCGAAUUCGAUGCAAAUCCAACGGCCAGGAUUACCCGUCGGACGUACCUCUACACAUAACAAAAGUUCUUGAGCUCAACAUGACGAAUUGGGAGCUCCAAGGGCUAGACAGAGUAAUGGAACCAUCUAAUUUCACUCUCGGAGUCAAAGGAGCAUUGUAUCCAGACCGACGUGGUAGGCACACGAGGCUUAAAGGUCGACUAGAAACAAGCAUUAGCUUCGUGCUUCCUUCUGUUCUGGCACUUGUACCAGAAGAUGUUAGGAGAAACAUGGCCAAUGCGAUUUUGACCGGUUUGGUGGAGAACAUGAAGCAUCGGGUUAUUGAGAGCUUGGUCGCUGAUUAUAGCAAAUUCAAAUAUGAAAGAAGAUCAAAAAUACACAACUAGUAUUAAUAUGAAUGUUUGUAUAGUUCUAGAUUUAAUGUAUGAACAAAUGAUUCAAGAUGUAGACCUCGAUUGUUUGAAAUAAUUGACGCCUUUGAUCUCAA